UUCAGAGCAUCUCGACAAUCUAGAGCCCACACAUUAGUGUACGUAGAAUUAAACUGGGAAUCCCAGCAGCAUUCAGUUAUCACUCUUUUCUGUAGCGCAUCGUUGUCAUUUGUACAGUACAGUUACAAGCGAAGAGCCAAAUAUGACGGACCAAAGAAUACUGCUACUAGCGAUAGUAUUAACGUUUACGACAAUCAACCACUCCGUAGAGGCCUAUGAUGCCGUGCUUGGAAAUCAAACAGUUCGAGAAAUUUUGACAAAAAAUCUAUGUUUGAGUCCUUGCACGGGUGCUUCAUCAGGUCUUUGGAAGACUUUUACGGUCCCUUUUACAGAAGGAAACUGGUUUGAAGCAAUUUCCUACUGUCAAGAGGCAGGAAUGUCGUUAGUUCAAAUCCGCGAUCAGUACGACAACAGUGCGCUGCAAGAUUGGCUCAACGAAAACGGCUAUGGACAGAGUGAUACAUUUUGGAUUGGUGCCAAUGAUCUUGCAACGGCAGGUGUUUUCCGGUGGGGUUUUACCAAUAAACGGAUUAAGUUCAAACAAUGGUCUUCUGGAGAACCGAAUGCAGCGUCCAUUCGUGGAGAAACCGAACACUGUGUACAACUGAUAGCACAAACGAUGAAAUGGAAUGAUUCAGUGUGCUCGCGGAGGCUAAAGUUUAUUUGUGAGCGAUACGCGUCAUAGAUUUGAGUUCACUUUACAUUCUAGAUUUGAACUUUCAAUGAGCGAGUGCUACCAACAUUUACAGGCCGUUUCGGAAUACUUAGAAUUAUAUGAAUUAUCCUCUAGCGAUGUUUUUAAUUUCAUGUGAUUUCUUAACAAAAUUUCUCUAAUGCAUCAUACUUUUAAAGUUCGAAUAACGUGCUGUCGAUAAUUCUUGGCAAUACUUAUCUUUCAAUGCUUUAUGAACAAACUCUUUGCGUGAAUAAAGACACAAGAUACGUAAAACGA